AUGAUAGCCACAAGCCACGUAAAAGCUGAAAUCAGAUAUUGUGUUAUUAUUGCAGCAGAUAUGAGGCGAUUGCCACAAUAUCACCUCACUGCCACAAUAUCAACUCACUGCCACAAUAUCACCUCACUGCCACAAUAUCACCUCACUGCCACAAUAUCAACUCACUGCCACAAUAUCACCUCACUGCCACAAUAUCACCUCACUGCCACAAUAUCAACUCACUGCCACAAUAUCACCUCACUGCCACAAUAUCACCUCACUGCCACAAUAUCACCUCACUGCCACAAUAUCAACACACUGCCACAAUAUCACCUCACUGCCACAAUAUCACCUCACUGUCACAAUAUCACCUCACUGCCACAAUAUCACCUCACUGCCACAAUAUCAACUCACUGCCACAAUAUCACCUCACUGCCACAAUAUCACCUCACUGCCACAAUAUCACCUCACUGCCACAAUAUCAACACACUGCCACAAUAUCACCUCACUGCCACAAUAUCACCUCACUGCCACAAUAUCACCUCACUGCCACAAUAUCACCUCACUGCCACAAUAUCAACACACUGCCACAAUAUCACCUCACUGCCACAAUAUCAACUCACUGCCACAAUAUCACCUCACUGCCACAAUAUCACCUCACAGCCACAAUAUCAACUCACUGCCACAAUAUCACCUCACUGCCACAAUAUCAACUCACUGCCACAAUAUCACCUCACUUCCACAAUAUCACCUCACUGCCACAAUAUCAACUCACUACAUUUCAAAUAA